GGCAAUCACAGGCUCUCCUCCUAAGAGCACCAGCAGCAGCAGCAGCAGCGCAAGAGGAAGCUGAAGGAGAUUUAGAUAUAGGUAGUAGCCCUUCACCGCCAGGUACGCCUUCUGCCUCAUACACGCUCGCACACAGCAACAACGACAACACGAUGAAUGUGGACACAACCGCACGCUUAGUUAGUCUGCUCGCCGCCGCCGCGCUACUGGCGCUGGCGCACGCAAACCCGAUGCAGAAGCGUGACUUCAACGACCUUCAUGGCAUGUCGAAGAUGUCCAAGUGCGAGCUGCAUCGGGAGCUGGUGCUCGAGGCGCCAUUCGUGCUCAUGGAAGACAUCUGGCUGCCAAACUGCAGUCCGUUCAAUCGGAACUACAUGCCACAUCAGUGCUCAAACGACGGCUGGUGUUUUUGCGUCUCGCGCAAGGGAAGGAUUAUAGAAGAGACAGUAGUGAAGGGAACUCCCCGCUGCAAAGACCAUCCAGAGGCCUUACAAUGAGCCAGCGCCUGACUGCGGGCAACGCCUCCCUCGCAUAACCCUUAACAGAGGGUCCGAGCGACCAUCCGUGGGUGGGCGAAACGAAUUCUGCAUGAAGUAGUAAUCUCAAGCUAGUGAUUCCUAUCGAUUCGAUCUGACUAGCAUACCGGCCAUUGGCCAACACAACCGGGCGGCUUUCUUAAAGGAAAUUCAAUCAAGCUCUGUCUCGCUGCGCUCGCUCCUCGAUUCCCCUAAAGUAAUUUUUGUAACAGCAUGUAUAAGUGUAUAACAGGCAUUGUGGACAACCGAACUGCAGUACGGCAGGUGUUCAUACCUGAAGCAAACGAAUGUUCGUGCGGGUAGUACUUUAACAUUAAUUAUUGAAGAAGAAGAAGAAGAAAACAUUUAAUGAUUGAGCUCGCUAGAAUCGAACCUGUGUACAAUGUACGUUGAAAUAUUACUAUAGUUUUACACUAUUACUUUAAUUAAUGCAUGUGAAAUAGACCGUCUGUUAUUUAUGUAAGCAUUAAGUAGCAAAAUCCGGUACCCCCGACACUUGAAUCAUGAUGUACAUACAAAGACAAGUAUUAAAAUGUAUUACGUUUAAUUCUGAAUAUUA